CCAGUAUCAAGUUGCUCUUGGAGGGUGUGAAGAUAAUUCAUUUCAGUUGCGUAGAGGAUCAGACAGUCACAUAAAUGCAGUAUUUAAACGUAAAAGAAGAUUGCAAAGCCAUGGCUUUCUGUGCAAAAAUGAGGAGCACAAAGAAGAGCGAAGUAAACCUGGAAGCUCAGCAUCAGGGUUUAGAAAUACUUUUCUACCUGCAAGAUAAAAAUCCCAUUUGUUACACCAGUGGCGAGUUUACCUCAGAGGAGCUGUGCAUUGAGGCUGCCCAGAAGUGUUCUAUAUCUCCUCUGUGCCAUAAUCUCUUUGCAUUGUAUGAUGAAAACAAAAGACUCUGGUAUGCACCAAACCAGGUCUUUAAGAUAGAUGAAAAAGCAUCACACCGGCUCCAUUAUCGAAUGAGGUACUACUUUACAAACUGGCAUGGGACUAGUGAAAAUGAACCCUCAGUGUGGAGGCAUUCACCAAGGAAGGCAAAGAACUCUUACGAGAAGAAGCUGGCACCAGAAGGAACCCCUAUACUUGAUGCAAACUCAUUAGAAUACAUCUUUGCACAGGGUCAGUAUGACUUGGUGAAAGGCCUGGCGCCAAUCCGUGAUCCUAAAAAUGAUCAAGAGGUUCAUGAAAUUGAAAACGAAUGUCUGGGGAUGGCUGUCCUUGCAAUCUCUCACGAUGCCAUCAAGAAAAAUGUGAAGCUUCCGGAGCUUCCCAAAGACACCAGUUAUAAGCAUUAUAUUCCCGAAACUUUGAACAAGACUAUCAGACAGAGGAACUUCUUAACCAGGAUUCGGAUAAAUAAUGUUUUCAAGCAUUUCCUUAAAGAGUUUAACAACAAAACCAUUUGUGACAGUAAUGUGUCUUCACGUGAUCUGAAAGUUAAAUACUUGUCAACGAUGGAGACCUUGACAAAACAUUAUGGAGCAGAAAUUUUUGAGACUUCGUUUUUGCUGAUUUCAUCGGAGAAUGAAAUAAAUAGAUUUAAUUGUGGAGGCAAUGAGAUCCUCCCACUAUAUGAAGUCAUCGUAACAGGAAAUAAUGGAAUUCAGUGGAGGCUCAAGCCAAAUACUGUACAGACAGAGAAAGAGAAGAAGAAAAAAUCUGAUGGCAAAACCAAAAAGGAUGAAGAAAAACAUAAAAUUCGAGACUCGUGGAACAAUUUUUCUUAUUUUCCUGAAAUCACCCAUGUUGUCAUCAAGGAAUCUACAGUUAGCAUUAACAAGCAGGAUAACAAAAGAAUGGAAUUAAAACUGUCCUCACAUGAUGAGGCCCUGUCGUUUGCAUCAUUGAUAGACGGGUACUUCAGACUUACAGCAGAUGCCCACCAUUACCUCUGCACAGAUGUGGCUCCUCCACUGAUUGAGCACAACAUAAAAAAUGGAUGCCAUGGACCCAUUUGCACGGAAUACGCCAUCAACAAACUGCGGCAGGUUAACCACAUUCUCAUGACCGUGACUUGUUUUGAAGGCUCAGAGAUGAUAAAUAAUUCAGUCCAGUACAAGAACUUCCAGAUAGAUGUGAAGAAAGGCGGGUACUUCCUACAUGGUUCAAACAAGUCUUUCUCAUCCUUAAAAGAGCUGAUGGAUCAUCUGAAAGGACAAAUACUUCGAACAGACAACAUAAGCUUUACACUGAAGAGGUGCUGCCAACCAAAACCAAGAGAAAUCUCCAACUUGCUAGUUGCAACCAAGAAGGCACAGGAAUGGCAGCCUGUUUAUCACCUAGGGCAGCUGAGUUUCCAUCGAAUCCUCAAGGAAGAAAUCAUGCAGGGUGAACAUCUUGGAAGAGGGACAAGAACACAGAUUUACUCGGGGAUUCUCAACUACAAAGAUGAUGAGAAUGAAGGAUAUCAAAAUGAAAAAGAGAUUAAGGUCCUCCUCAAAGUCUUGGACCCCAGCCACAGAGACAUUUCUUUGGCAUUCUUUGAAACAGCAAGCAUGAUGAGACAGGUGUCUCACAAGCACAUCGUCCUCCUCCAUGGAGUCUGCGUCCGUGAUGUAGAAAAUAUCAUGGUUGAAGAGUUUGUUGAAUUUGGGCCUCUGGAUCUGUUCAUGCGUCGGAAGAGUGAAGUUCUGACAACUCCUUGGAAAUUCAAGGUUGCCAAGCAACUUGCAAGUGCCCUAAGCUACUUGGAGGAUAAGAAUUUGGUACAUGGAAAUGUGUGUACUAAAAACAUCCUACUGGCAAGAGAGGGAAUUGACACUGAAUACGGUCCUUUCAUAAAGCUGAGCGACCCAGGAAUACCAAUAACUGUGCUGUCCAGACAAGAAUGUGUUGAGCGAAUCCCCUGGAUUGCACCUGAAUGUAUUGAAGACUCCAAAAAUUUAAGCGUUGCAGCAGAUAAGUGGAGUUUUGGUACAACGCUGUGGGAAAUCUGCUAUAACGGAGAAAUACCACUGAAAGACAAGACGUUAGCAGAGAAGGAGAGGUUCUACGAGGGGCAUUUCGUGUUGGCAACACCAUCGUGCAAAGAACUAGCUGACCUGAUGAAGCAGUGCAUGAACUACGACGCCCAUCAGAGACCCUUCUUCAGAGCAAUCAUGAGAGACAUCAACAAACUGGAGGAGCAAAAUCCUGAUAUCGUCUCGGAGAAGAAGCCCUUUACAGAGGUCGAUCCCACGCUCUUUGAAAAACGAUUCUUGAAAAGAAUCCGUGAUUUGGGAGAGGGCCACUUUGGCAAGGUUGAACUCUGCAGAUACGACCCAGAAGGCGACAAUACAGGGGAGCAAGUGGCAGUUAAAUCUCUAAAGCCAGAGAGUGGAGGGAACCACAUCGCUGAUCUCAAGAAGGAAAUAGAAAUCUUGAGGAAUCUUUAUCAUGAGAACAUUGUCAAAUAUAAGGGAAUCUGCACAGAAGACGGAGGAAGCGGGAUUAAACUCAUCAUGGAAUUUCUUCCUUCUGGGAGCCUAAAGGAGUAUCUUCCCCGGAACAAGAACAAAAUCAAUCUCAAACAACUUCUCAAAUACGCAGUUCAGAUCUGCAAGGGAAUGGACUAUUUGGGCUCCCGUCAGUACGUGCACCGUGACUUAGCAGCCAGAAACGUCCUUGUUGAAAGUGAGAACAGAGUGAAGAUUGGAGACUUUGGUCUCACCAAAGCCAUCGAGACCGAUAAGGAGUACUACACUGUCAAAGACGACCUCGACAGCCCUGUUUUUUGGUAUGCUCCAGAAUGCUUGCUUCAGAGUAAAUUCUAUAUCGCCUCCGAUGUCUGGUCGUUUGGGGUGACACUGUAUGAAUUGCUUACCUACUGCGAUUCAGAGUCCAGUCCCAUGGCGGAGUUCUUGAAAAUGAUCGGCCCCACACAGGGACAGAUGACGGUAGCGCGGCUGGUGCGUGUCUUGCAAGAGGAAAAGCGUUUGCCACGUCCACCCAACUGCCCGGAGGAGGUGGACCAGCUGAUGCGGAAGUGCUGGAUAUUCAAGCAUGAUGAACGGACAACCUUUCACAAUCUGAUUCAAGGAUUUGAAACAAUUAUGAGUAAAAUGUAAUUAAUUUUUUUUUUAUACUGUCAGUACUUUAAAUGCGUGUCAAAGUAUAAAUGCCCAAGACCUUUCAUUUUUUUAACUACUGUAAUUUGUACUCUGACUGUGCUAAUGUGUUUAAAGGAUUCUUUUUCCAACAGUUUUCCUUUUUAAUUUUAGUCAACAGUUGGAUCAAAUUAAUUAAAAGGUAUGGCAGAAACAAUAGCUUCAACUCCUUUUGCUGCUGUUAUUGCAAGGCAGUUUUAUCUUUGUCCGAUUAUGGUCUCGCUACAAUUUGAACGACCCUGAUGACUGUGAACUGAAAGGGCAGUGUCAAAAAAUGCUGCAGUUCUUAGUGCAAUCUGUAGCGUUUAAAACAAGUCUGCUGCACAUGCUCAUCCCUUGGGUAACUGAACUAGUGAACAUAAGACACCUUGAUACAUUAAUGUAAUUAUUUUUAUGGGGUUUUGAGAAAGUUUUAAAACAAGUUUGGCUGACAAAAUAUCCUUCACGUGCACUUAAAAUUUAGUAACAAAAAAACCGCAAUUCUGGCAUAAGAAACCAGAGAAGGCAAAAUAAUCCGCUCGUCUUAACCAGUCUGUGGUUCUGAGCUCUUACCUAUAUUAAAAAAAAAAAAAAAAAUCGCUUGACUCUCAUGUUCAAAAAACCAACAAAGCAAAAAAGCACGUCCCAAUGUGUAUAGUUACGCAUUUCAUUGAGAAACCCAGUUUCUGGAUAAAGCUCCUCGCUUUGCCUAACUCAGCCCUCCCCGCCCGCAUUACACGUUUCUACCCGCUGAAGCUUCCACCGUUUGUGUAGCUAUGGAACGUGUAAGCACCACGCUCUUCAGCUUGUGCCGCAAGUGAACUACACUGCGGUCAAACUGAUUACACACUUCGGGGAUAGAAAAGAACACAAAUCCUUAUACAGAGUCUGGGGGAGCGCUCCCUAAGAGAGAGAAUCGUUAUCUAAAGGAGAGGUCUGGGCAAGCAAGGCAGCGUCCAUAGGAGAGGCGAACACCACCUGGAACAUGUGAAACAGUCUCUUUGUUACCAGGGGUGUACAUCACAUCAUGCUCAUUUUUUUUUGGUCAAUGAUUUCCCUGGCGAGCAUGUUAACUCAUUUUAGCAGUUCUGUAAAGCCAUUCAUUGGGCCUGAGAUGAUGAGACUUUAAGUAAGUAACAGCAUUGGCCUUUACUUAAUUGGACUUACAGACUCAAACCAUGCACUUGCGCGGUAUUCCAUUAACCAAAGGGAAAGCCAGCGGGGCCAGACUGGGACCAUGGAUGUUUUAUUAUUGUCAGGACCAGAUUUAGCAUUUAAAGUGUAAGCAAGGCAAGCCAGGGCACUGCACUCUUGUUUUGUAAACCUGUCAAGCUUCGAUAAACAGUGGUUUAACUGGAAACCUUUUGCUGAACCAUGUCCUAGAACUUGGGCGAUGAUAACGUUUUUCCUACCACACCUGGAUUCUGAAAAUGCUUUGAGGAGAUGAUAGAUACUCAGUUCUGGCAAUAACAGAAAGAUGUCUUUAAAUAUAUAUCUAUAUAUAUAUAUAUA